AUCAGAUUUUAUGUAUAUAUAUAUAUACAGUCUUCCCCUCACUAUCCGGAGAACCGCUGUGAAAUACCUAGGGCCAUUAAGUAGCAGUCGCGAAUCCUUUUUUGUGUCGCACCUGGACUUUAUUUUUGUGCCACCUCAUAAACAGCGAAGACGAGUAGAUAUUUUCUGCUAAUCAUCAGGACUAAGAAUGAUGAACUCGACAUUCUCAGCUCAGCUUUCUUGGAUACUUGUUGUGCUUCUAUUGUCCCCUGUCCUCGUUAACAGUCAAGGGUCCCCAUUCCAACCAAGACCAAGGGAUGAUUGCGAGGUGGUGGACCUCAUAUUUAUUCUGGAUAGGUCCUGGAGUCUGAGGUCCCCGGAAAACUUCCAGAAAGAACUGAGUUUUGUAGCCGAUGUAGUUUCCGUCCUCGACUUCAGUAAGUCACGUGUUUCUGUCAUCACAUUCAGCGACGAUGCCGACCUCAACAUUCAGUUUAAUGAAUACAGAACACUGAGCAGUUUCCAGAAUGCAGUCCGAACACUCCCCUGGGUUGGAGGUAACACUUAUACCCAUAAGGCCAUAGAGAUGAUGUUAGGUGAAUAUAAAAACCAUAUUCAGACCCGGGCUGGCAUCACCACAAUAGGAGUGGUCAUCACGGACGGUGGGUCCACGGAUCCUUACAAACUGGAGGACGUGGUAAAAGUAGUCCACAACGACAGAAUAGAGAUGUACGCUAUUGGUGUUGGCGAUGAGGUUAACCAACAGGAACUAGAGAUGCUUGCUACGGGUUUUGACCACGUAUACCUCCUUAACGACUUGAAUUCUCUUUCUACAAUUCAGGAUAAAUUGGUUGGACGUUUUUGCCGAGGAACCCCAGCCCCUACUCAAGCCCCACCGUCAGACUUUACAGAUUGUUCGAAGCCAGUAGAUCUUGUUUUUGUUCUGGACAGCUCAUGGAGUUUAAUGGCCGCGACAAACUUUCUGAAGGAGCUCAAGUUUGUGACAGAAGUAGUGAACGCUCUGUCGGACAAUAUGGGUCAAUCCAGAAUUUCUGUGAUAACUUUCAGUGACGAUGCUGAAAUGUCGAUACCUUUGACAAUGUUUACAUCAAAGAGGGAUUUUGUGAAUAAAGUACUCAAUCUGCCGUGGGUGGGUGGGAAUACAUACACUGAUAAAGCGUUAGAAAUGAUGUAUAAACAGUUUGACAGUAUCCGAGUUCCGGGAAGGCGGAGUGUAGGCGUGGUCAUUACUGAUGGAGGGUCCACUAACCCUUUCAGGACACAGUCAGUCAUCAAAAAGGUCAAGCAAAGAGGAAUCACAAUGUUUGCAAUAGGAGUUGGAAUGAGUAUAAACCAAGAAGAGCUACAGAUGAUGGCAUCUGAUCCAGUGAGUGACCACAAGUUCUUGGUGGAUGACCUUGAUGCCUUACAGAUGUUAAGAAGUACCAUAGUUUCCAGGCUAUGUCCAGGUCGUUCCACUCGACCGCCAAUAUGUGAGAGUGAUCCUGCUGAUAUCUUCUUCAUCGUUGACAAGUCCUCCAGUCUUCAAAGCCAAGAAAACUUCAACAAGGAACUUUCCUUCAUUGCUCGUAUCAUCGACAGCAUCAUCGUUGGGACGGGACGCGAUGAUUCUCGAGUGGGGCUCAUCUCUUUCAGCACUAAUGCUUCCUUGUCAUUCGGAUUGUCAGCUUACACAACAAAUGAUGCCGUUAAGGAUGCUCUUCUGAGAGAGAAGUUCACCACUGGAGAUACGUACACACACAAAGCUUUCAACAUCAUGCUUGAACAAUUUAGAAACACUGCAAGACGUGAUCCUCGUGUCAAAAAAAUCGGCUUCAUUGUGACGGAUGGACAGUCUACGGACCCUAAUACAUUAAAGCAAUAUAUUGAACAGGUCAAGGCCACAAAUAUCGAAAUGUAUGCUGUUGGAUGCUGUGAAAAAUCAGGUGCGGGAGAUUUUGAUUCGGAAGAGUUGAAUAUGAUGGCUUCUAAACCUUCAAAUGUGUUCCAUGUUGAUGACUUGGAUGAUCUGCGUACAAUCAGUGUAGAACUUAAUCUGAAGAGAUGUAGAAACCAGAAAUAGAUGAAAAACCUAGAGAUUAUAGAUGCGUGUUGUACAGCUCUAUCAAAUCAAGUUACAAGUAUUACUGAUAUACCAACAACGAGACUGGUGGAGAAAGUCACGUGAUAUAUAUGCAUACUCUGAUUAGUCAAAUGCUCCUAUCACAUAUUAUUUGAAUAGAAUUGGCCACAGCGACAUGAUAUCGAGUAAAGAUAUAUCAUCUUUAGUGUGCUCCAAGAUUGUUAUAUUCAUUGAUAAUAAAGUUAUGUAUUUUCAUCCGCAUGAACUACCAGAAGAACCAUUGACUUAAAGUGUAGGCAAAUAUAGUUUGUUUAAUUAAUUCUAAGAAUGGUCUACAUUACGAUACGGCUUUACAACUUAUCAAAAUACUACACGGGAUUGUUGUCAAAGAAUACAUAUUCUAAUAUUUGUUGAUAGUAUUAUAACAGUCUUGACAGAUGUAGUCGACAUUAUUCUAUUAAUAUUCACAUUCUGUAACCAGUUUUACAACCAAAGCUGCUUUUUUAUACAACAGACGACUUGAAAAUAAUUUAAGUUGAGAGCUUAAGUAAAUUUGAUACAAUUCAAAGUUAAAUGUUGUAAACUAUACAUUCCAUUAAAAAUUAAAUAAUGACAAUAUCUGACUGGUAUUUUGUUUUAUAUGUUUACGAGAAUUCAUCAAAUGAGAUUUUUUUAAAGAUAUUUUGUGUAUAAUUUUAUUUCGUGGUUGAAUGCGCAUGUUGUAUGUGUAACCCAAGCAGUGUUGUAGUUUACCUGUAUGUUUGUAAAAUAUUUACCAAUAAAUGAUUAUUUACAAAAAAUGUAA